AUGGCGAGAGAUUUAAAUCAUAGAACGGUGCAUGUCGACCAUUUGAGAAAGGGAGAAGAUGUAUUAGUUUCAAAUAGUCUCAUUGCGGGCAGUCUUUCUGGCCUUAUAGCUCGGAGUGUGAUAGCUCCCUUAGACACGUUAAAGAUUCGGUUACAAAUAGUACCCUUAGAACAACAACAGAAGCAAGCAUCAAAAAUUACAAGCGUAGCACGAUAUCAAUCACGGUCAUUGAUGAUGAUCAAACAAAUGAUCCAAAAGGAAGGUAUAAGAUCCUUCUGGAAAGGCAAUGUUCCUGGAUCUGCCAUGUAUAUUGUUUACGGUGGCGUUCAAUUUGGAUCAUAUUCAUUAUAUAAUAAUAUUUUGGGCUCGAAGAUGUCCUGGAAUGCUCAAUUAAAUGGGUUAUUUAUUGGUGCACUUGCCGGAAUGUCAAGUUCAUUUUGUUCCUAUCCAUUCGAUGUAUUAAGGACGAGAUUCGUUGCUAAUAGAACUUUACAAUCAUCUAAUAUAAAUUUGAAGAUCCAAGAAAUUUGGACGCAUGAAGGUGUUCAGGGAUUUUUUCGUGGUUGCAGUUGGUCAAUGUUUACUAUUUCUCUUUCUGCAUCUAUUUUAUUUGGUUGUUAUGAGACUCUAAAAGUGUACGGAGAAUCUCACGAUAACAAAUUUAUUCUAGGAAGUGCAAGUUCCAUCAGCGGUGUCUUAUCCAAGGUGGUUGUAUUCCCCUUGGAUACGAUACGUAGAAGGAUCCAAUUACGAAGUGCUGCAUCAUUACAAGAUGUCGUCAAUAGUGAACAUAUGGUGGAGACGUACAAGAAAUAUCAUGGAAUGGGGUUCAUUCAGAUGGGAAAUUAUAUACUGAGACAAGAAGGACUUGCAUCAUUAUAUAGAGGCGUCACUAUGGCUCUUUGUAAGAGUGUCCCGUCAACUAUUGUAAGUUUGUGGAGUUAUGAGGCAGUUUUGAGACUGUUACCAUCAUCAAAUAACUAA